CUACCUCCUUCCACUUCGCGGGAGAAGUUGUUGGCGCCAAUGGGUCCCGAGUCUUGCUAACGGAUUCCCCAGCCAGGCCAGGUCAAGCCCGGCCGCGCCUUCAUCUCGGGCUGCGAUGGAUAUUCGGAAAUUUUUUGGGGUUAUACCAAGUGGAAAGAAGCUUGUAAGUGAAACUGUGAAGAAGAAUGAAAAAAUCAAGGCUGCUGAAGAAAUCACAAAAGCCAAGAGAGGAAAAAAGGAAAUCAAGGUAAAUACUUGUAAAGAAGAUGACUUUAAACAGAAGCAACCAAGUAAGAAAAAGAGGAUCAUCUAUGAUUCAGAUUCUGAAUCAGAGGAGACUGUGCAGGUCAAAAAUGCCAAAAAGCAAGCAGAAAAAUUGCCAUUGUCUUCUAAGCCUGGUAAAAUUCUGCGACGGGAACCAGUUACGUACAUUUCAGAGACAGAUGAAGAAGAUGACUUUAUAUGUAAAAAAGCAGUCUCGAAAGCAAAAGAGAAUGGAAGAUCUACAGUUAGUUAUCUUGGAGUAGCUAAUAUAAAAAAGGGUGAAGAAAACACUAAGACCAAGAAUAAACCUUUGUCACCAAUAAAACUUACCCCCACAUCCGUGCUGGACUAUUUUGGAACUGGAAGUAUUCAAAGAUCAGAAAAGAAGAUGGUGGCAAGCAAACGAAAAGAGGUUUCACACAGUGCAGAUGUUUCCAGUUUAAAUGAUGAAGCCAUUGCCAAGCAGUUACAACUUGAUGAAGAUGCGGAGCUGGAGCGGCAGCUGCAUGAGGAUGAAGAGUUUGCCAGAACUUUAGCCAUGUUGGAUGAAGAACCCAAGACCAAGAAGGUUCGAAAGGACCCAGAAGAGAGAGAAACAUUUUCACCUUCCCAAGACAAUUUAAAUAAAGCAGAAAAACAUAAAUAUUCUCACAAAGUCAAAGCAGAACAAUUUUCAAAUGAAGUGAACUCUAGUCCCAAGAAGCAAAUUAAAUGUGAAAGUUCAAAAGAACCUCAACAAUUUUCCAAGUCAUUAGCUCACAAAGUAGGAGAACCAUCUUCUCCAAAUAUCAGUUCCAAGUUGACCCUUUUGAAAACAAAAGAAGAGCAUACUUAUAAGGAAAUGUCGCCCUUGGCCUCAAAAAGAAAAGAGAAUGCCAUUGAAUUGAAAGGAGAGACCAGAACUCCUAAGAAAGCCAAAAGUUCUCCAUCUAAAAAAGAGUCUAUAAGUCCCGAGGAUUCUGAAAAGAGACGCACCAAUUAUCAAGCUUAUCGAAGUUACUUAAAUCGCGAGGGUCCUAAAGCUCUUGGCUCCAAAGAAAUCCCAACGGGAGCUGAAAAUUGCUUGGAAGGGCUUACUUUUGUCAUCACUGGAGUGCUGGAGUCCAUCGAACGGGAUGAGGCCAAGUCUCUGAUUGAGCGGUAUGGAGGGAAAGUAACAGGCAAUGUCAGCAAGAAAACCAACUACCUGGUCAUGGGCCGAGACAGUGGCCAGUCCAAGAGUGACAAGGCAGCAGCCUUGGGGACAAAAAUUAUUGAUGAAGAUGGCCUGUUAAACCUGAUUCGGACUAUGCCAGGCAAGAAGUCCAAGUACGAAAUAGCAGUUGAAGCUGAGAUGAAGAAAGAAAAGUCUAAAUUGGAGCGGACACCCCAAAAAAACAACCAAAGAAAAAUGAAAACAAGUCCAAACAAGAAGGAAUCAGAAACUCAAAGGAACAGACGAACUCCCCAGAAAGGUGGCAUCCUCACGCCAAAGAAACGGGGGCCUACCCUGUGCCAGUUGGACUCGCAUGUCACGGAGCUGCUGGCCAAGGAGCCACAGGGCAUCAGUAGGGCAAGGACUGCGACUGAAGGCUGCAGGGAAGACAAAGCAGAGUCUUUGCUUUGGGUGGAUAAGUACAAGCCCACCUCAGUCAAGACCAUCAUUGGCCAGCAGGGCGACCAGAGCUGCGCCAACAAACUUCUGCGCUGGUUGCAGAACUGGCACAAGGCUCCCUCAGAAGAGAGGAAACACGCAGCCAAGUUCGGUAAAUUUGCUGGCAAAGAUGAUGGCUCCAGUUUUAAGGCUGCGUUGCUUUCAGGCCCUCCAGGUGUUGGCAAAACCACCACAGCCUCUCUGGUUUGUCAGGAAUUGGGAUAUAGCUACGUGGAACUGAAUGCGAGUGACACUCGUAGUAAGAACAGUUUGAAGGAGAUUGUGGCCGAAUCACUGAAUAAUACCAGCAUCAAAGGCUUUUAUUCAAGUGGGUCCUCUCCUGCAAGCCUGAAACACGCGCUCAUUAUGGAUGAAGUGGAUGGAAUGGCAGGCAAUGAGGACAGGGGUGGAAUCCAGGAAUUAAUUGGCCUGAUAAAACACACCAAAAUUCCCAUUAUUUGUAUGUGCAAUGAUAGAAAUCAUCCCAAGAUUCGCUCUUUGGUGCAUUAUUGCUUUGAUCUUCGUUUUCAAAGACCUCGGGUUGAACAGAUUAAGGGCGCUAUGCUAUCUAUUGCAUUUAAAGAAGGUCUAAAGAUUCCUCCUCCAGCUAUGAAUGAAAUAAUUUUAGGAGCCAAUCAAGAUAUCAGACAGGUUUUACACAAUCUCAGUAUGUGGUGUGCAGAAAAUAAGGCACUAACCUAUGACCAGGCCAAGGCUGAUUCUCACAGAGCCAAAAAGGAUAUCAAACUGGGUCCUUUUGAUGUUGCCCGGAAGGUGUUUGCGACUGGAGAAGAGACUGCUCACAUGUCAUUGAUGGACAAAUCGGAUCUCUUCUUCCAUGAUUAUUCCAUCGCGCCCCUCUUUGUGCAGGAGAACUACGUCCAUGUGAAGCCCAUAGCUGCAGCGGGUGACAUGAAGAAGCACUUGAUGCUGCUGAGCAGAGCAGCUGACAGCAUCUGUGACGGGGACCUGGUGGACCGCCAGAUCCGGAGUCAGCAGAACUGGAAUUUGCUGCCCACCCAGGCCAUUUAUGCCAGUGUCCUUCCUGGAGAACUAAUGAGGGGCUACAUGACCCAGUUUCCCAACUUCCCGAGCUGGCUGGGCAAGUACUCGUCCACAAGCAAACAUGAUCGCAUUGUUCAAGACCUGGCUUUGCACAUGAACCUCAGAACUUUCUCCAGCAAAAGGACUGUAAACCUGGAUUAUCUGUCAUUCCUGCGGGAUGCACUUGUACAGCCCUUGAUUUCACAAGGGGUUGAAGGAGUUCCAGAGGUUGUCUCCCUCAUGGACAUGUACUACUUGAUGAAGGAAGACUUUGAGAGUAUAAUGGAAUUGAGCAGCUGGGGAGGCAAUCCCAGCCCAUUCUCCAAGCUGGAUCCUAAGGUGAAAGCAGCCUUCACCAGAGCCUACAACAGGGAAGCCCACCGCACCCCUUACUCGCUUCAGACCGUGAAGACUCCCAGACAUAGCAGCAGCAUGGGACCAUCACUGGACUUGGAGUACAGCGAGGAGUUGACCGAGGAGGACUCGCAGGCUGAUGACAAGGACCCUGAUUCCAUGGAGAAUGAUGCUAUGAUCAAGAAAAAGUCAAAAUCUUCAAAGCCUUCAAAAUCAGAAAAAGAUAAGGAGCCCAGAAAAGGAAAAGGAAAAAGUUCCAAGAAGUGAACAUGGUUCACUGUUGUCAGCCACUCUUGACUCAUUCUGCUGUCAGUCACUACUCUGGAGAAGUCUAUGUUUUAACUGCACAGGACUAGCUGGUGAUUCCUUCAGCAACGAAGAGCAGCUGCAGGAAGGCGGGCACUAUGCACAAGCUUGUGUUCCUCUCAUAGAUGCAGAGAGAACCACUUGUUCCACAGUCUUCCACAGUCCCCUUCUGUAAUGCAAUUGUGCUUCAGAAUCACUAUGUAGAAUCAAGACUUGGAAUGGUAGGUCCUUCAGGAUCAGAUGGUAGUUAAGAAUACUAUACCUAGGGGUGGUGGCAGGUACUAAGGCAGCUUUUGUAGAAUUACUGCCGAACAUCUCCCGACGGCCCUUACAGGACCACUGCAAAAAUUUAAAGAUAGUUAACUUUUAUGUGGUGAAGUUUUGUAAAUAAAUUAUAAACAAAACAUUCAUCACAUACAACCGAGUAUUCUUUGUACACUUUUAGAUAUCUCACAAACUGAGCAAGA